GAAACCUUCAGUUAUCAUUUGCUUAAGGGUUUCCAUGAUUGCUUUCACCUGAUUCGCUACCCGUUCUCUCAGUGCCCUUGAAUCCCGAUAUUCUGAUGCCCACUGGCGAAUUGAGACCCCCCACGUCUACACCUCGUCGGAUGCAAUCGUCGCCCAUUGUUUAGUCGUUUCGAGGGCUGUCACGACCUAUUGAUUGAACACCCUUAUUUCUGGGGAGGUGUGGGAGCGGAAUAGAGUAUACUCUUGUGGCCGGCAGAACAAGCGGAUGACCUUGCACCAGUGAAGAGCGUGGAAGUUGGAUCUGGGGAGCUGUUAAUAAAAGUAGAGUUAAGGGACCACACUGGGGAAGUUGGGCAGUUUGGGCGAUACCGUAUUCAUAUGAGGAGGAUCGCUGUGCGGAGUUGAUGGUACAGAACGGUAUACUACGGAGUCGUCAUGGCAGCGGCAGUGAAACAUGACCUAGAGGUCCACAGCAAUGGACACGACGAUGAAAAUGAGGGCUCGGACUGGGAAUAUGAAUAUGAUGAAAACGACAAAGAAACAUUUCACGUUUCUAUCGAUUUCAGUUCCGCCACUGUUCCUCCACCUCCACCUAGCGGGAUAGCUCCUGGUGUAGUUCAAAAUGCGAGCCUCUCCCAGCACAAACCCAAGGACGAUGAUCUCCGGUCGACUCCAUCUAGCCUCCGCUCAAGUUCCUCCGAUGGAUCCUCCGACGAGUCGGGCGUGGCUCUAUCCGCGGGUCCUGAGACAUCUCAAGCAAACGAGUCCAUCCAGAUUCUUGCCCUGGCCUCCUCAAACCCAAUCCUUUAUUUCCGGGGUUCCUACUUCACCACGCAAUGGACCCGACCCAUCGGCGGCCAUCUCUUCUUCAGCAAAUCCAGCAGCGCCACGACAGAGCUGGAAUCUACCUCUAUCGACCUCGAAACCGAGUCGAAUGGACUCCCUUCGCCGGCGGACAAGGAGUCACGUCCCCUCCGAUCCAUGCAGAACUACGACCUCCUCGGCGUCGGCACCGCUCGACUACGCGCUUCAAAUGCAAAGCUGAAGCGGAAGCAGCCUGAUUAUGAGCCUCCUCCCCCUCCUACUGAGCUUCCCCGGGAGCCGUCUUUACCAGCAAUUGAGGGCAGUGCGGCUGACGGGCCGCCAAUGGCACCGGCAGGGCGAGGGAAGCGGAUCAUACUGGAAACCGGGGCUUCCAAAGAGCGAAUGGCGCAAGCACGAUUCUUAGAGAGAUUAAGCGAGCUGAAGGCAAAGAAAGGGGAAGAGGAUGAAGUCAAGGUGACGAAGCUGACAGCAAUUCCUCCUCCCGGCGCGGAAAUUCCGAUAGCGGCGGAUACGGCGGAAUCAGCUACUGUCGUCGGUGGCACUGGAGAAGACGCCGGAGUAGCCGCGAACACGGAUAUGGACAUGCAUGACGUUGACGAUGCCAGUGGAUCACCAGAGGGAGAGGAUGCCAAUCAUGGAACGGAGACUGAGCAGCCAGGAAAGCGGAGAAGAAGAUGGAAGAGGCGCGUCGACGCUAUGUGGGUGGAGCCUGCCACCCUUCAGGAUCCGCUCACAGUUACCGAUGGAAACAAGAAAGAUGAAGGACCCUCAUCUACAAGAACAGGUGGUGCAGAUGCUCCAGCAGAGUCAGGGGCUCAACAGGCUGAAGGCAGUGGUGAGAUGGAGGUAUAGCAGCUUGACGAAUCCUGAUUCAUUCAGCAAUUACUUAGCAAUAAUGAUACCCAUACGAAUAGAG